UGCGCGCCGCAGGCCCGGAUCCUGCUCCUGGCCGCCCUCCUCCCCGCGCGCUGGUCCGCGUGCGCCCUCGCGCUCGAGCGCGAGCAGCCGGACCCGCUGAAGGCCCCGAGCGCCGUUCCGCUCGACCUCGGCGGCGGCGGGAGGACCCUUUCCGGCCGCAGCGCCGUCGCGGCGACUGGCGGCCUCGCGGGUGCCGCCGCCGGCUGGGCGCCGCCGAUGAUCGUGGAGAAAGACGCCGGAGGCAAUCCCAUGGUGACCAUUGGGCUGUGGAUCUGCGUCGCAGCCAUACUCGCCGUGAUGCUCUUCUCGACCUACGUGCUGAUGUGGUACGCGCACGUGACCGCCACUGAGCCGAAGGCCACGGACAACAAGGUCGAUGCGAUGCGAAGUGUCGAGGCGAUCCUGGCGAGAAGCACGGGCAGGAGAACGCCGACCGCGGCGCGGCCGAAGGGCACCAGGGCGGCCGGGGCUACGCCCAGGGUGCCAGCAGCCGGGGGUACGCCCAGGGCGCCCUCCAGCUGGUCAAGCUUCUACACCGAGUCGUCCCGACACGUGCCCGAGUCGGUCAGGAGCUCCACCGUCGGCACGCCGGCAGCCCGGGUGGGCGCGGAGAGCGGCCCGCGCCGCGCGGGGGCGUUGCCCCUGCAGCCGCUGUGCCCGCAGCUCAUCGUCCCCGACGGCACCAGGCUGAAGUCCGUCUUGCAGGAGGCCGUCUGCCGCAGGAGGCAAGACCUGACCUUCAACGUCAACGGCAUCUCCGCGCUCGGCGGAGCGCCGCUUUUCCAGAUCCGCGUGGUGGAGACGGCCGUCACCGCUGGGAAUUGCGGCAUCUUCGUGGAGACGCUCGGCGGCAAGGAGCAGUUCGCGUUCCUGUCCACGCAGGAGUUGUGGGCCGACGAAGGGGACACUACCCCGAAGUUCAGCAUCAUGAGGCGACCCGCGGAGCGAGGCGACGCGCUACCCGCUCGCACGGCGUAG